CGCCGCCAUGCCGCCCAAAGCCAAAGACUCGCCGGCGCGCAAGCGUGUGCCCAAGGAGCCAAAGGAGCCAAAGGAGAAGGGCGCGGGCAAGGCGAAGAAAGACAGGGUUGAGGAGAAGGCUGCCAAGGAGGAAGAGGCAGGUGAGUGCUCUCGUCGAGCUCGGCGCUGCAUUGGAGAGCCGAAGUGCCACUGCCGAGGCGUCUGCGUGGCUGUGAGACGCUCGAGGCGUGCGUAACAAGAGGGCGUCAGGGGCUGUUCCUUCGUGAGAGCAUAGCUCUCCGGCCCGACGACGGCGUCAGGUACAUAGCACCAGCUAGCAGCGCCGCCGCGACACCUCUCUCGCAGCAGCGUGAGGGUCUCGUCUUAGCCUCUGCACCUCUCUCUCUCUCUCUCUGCCAUCUGCGCUGCGCUGGCGAUGGCCUCCCUCUCUCCUCUCCCGGCACGCACCGGCGGGCGUUCCCGCAGCGGCACGCUGCGACCUCCUGUGCCUUCUCGCCGUGCGCCCGAGCCGCCUCUCAGCGCGCGCAGCUUCAGUGCCGGCACUCGCAGCGUCUCGCCCGCGUCUCCCUCUCCCGCUUCUUCCGCCAGUGGCUCCGCGCCUGCUUCGCCGCUGCCAGCGUCGUCCUACCGGCGACCUGCUUCUUCGCCUGCUUCGAGUGCUGCAGGAGUGCUGGGCUAUCGCCGUCCGACGUCUGCCUCCUCUUCCUCUUCGCGCUUCGCCAGACUGCCUCCUUCGCCUUAUCUCGAUGCUCACUCUCAUUCCCGCGCCGCCUCUCCCGACGCGCGCGCAACACCAGCGACGCCGCCUUCCAAGCGCCGCACCAGCGGCGCGUCCUCAGGCACAGCCAAUGGCGCUCGCGGCACAGCGGAAGACUCGUCUUCGGAAACAGAAAACGAGGGCUUCGAGGACGCUCAGUCCGUCGACGUCUACGCCGACGAGGAUUCGCACAGCGUAGGCGCACCCAGUUCAGCCACAAGUCACGCGAGCAACCUCUCCGAGCUGGGCGCCGGACCCCGUGCGCCGAGUGCCGCGGCGGCGGCGCAGCGCAAGAAGGAGAGGAGAGUGAGCCUGGCUGCCGAACUGGCGAUGGCGGACACUUCGACGGAGAUGGAGGAGAAGGAAAAGGAGGACAGGGAGAAGGCGGAGAGGGAAGAGGAGGAGCAAGUGAGGCAGGACAUGGCCGAUCUGGACCUCUCCAAAUUACCGCCUCCUCCCUCGCACGACGACGCCGACGAUGCCCACCCUGCUGCUGCGGCAGCGUCGGCAGCGUCGACGGAGUCAAGACCUGCACUGCCCGUGCGGACGGCCACUCUUUCGCCACUCGAAGGGCGCAAGUCUCUGUGGGAGCGUCUGCGCUCCGCCUCGGGCGACACGCCUUCCCCUGGCGGCAGUAGCUCGGCCUCUGGCGGCGGCGCCUCGCCAGCUGCCUCUCCCUCUCUUGCCUCUCCGAGCGGCGGCGGCGUGCCGGCCUCUCGUCCCGCCGCGCCCUCCAAGCGCCCUACCUUCGGUGCGCUGCCCUCGUUCUCCUCCCUUGCAGCCGCGGCAGCUGCCGGACUGGGAGCGCGGCGUGCGUCGGAGACCUCGACGCAGGAAGCCGUGGAGAGACAACGCCUGCCGCGCUUCGGCGUCAACGAGAGUCAGCUUGCGGAAGACGCGAUGCGCUUCAUUGAUGCGCGAGAUGUGCUGUACAACGAGAAGGAUCCGGAGCGGAUCAGGGAACUGGGCAUGAGGCUGGAGAGUGGCUGGCGAGAGAAGCUGCAAGAAAUCUCUCUGCUGCACUCCAAGCUCGAGGCGCUGCAGCACGCGCUCUCGGACGUCGAGGAUGAAAACGCGACGUUGCGCACCUCCAUCUCUGCGCUGUCGGAGCAAGUGGCCUCUCUCGAGUGCGCCUUCGACUCCUUCCAGCACGCCACGAUCGAGCAGAUGCGCCGCGAGCGCGAGCUGUGGAGCGAGGAGCGCCGCGAAGAGCUGGAGCGCGUCCUCUACGCCGCCGCGGCGGCGCGCCGCGAGGCCGAGGCGGCAAAGGCCGUCGUGGCGCAGCUGAGGCUCGUGCUGCUGGGAGCGGGCAUGCGGGGCGAUGUGGAUAUUGCGGGCAUCGAAAGGGCGAUUGAGGCCCUCUCGAAAGGCCUGCCUUCCGACGCUGACGAGCCAGCUUCCGCCACGCCCUCGGGAGCAUCGGAGAACGACGAGGAGGCGCAGGAGAGGCGAAUGGCCUCGGCGAUGCUCUUUGACGUGCCGCUCUCUCCGGGCGCCGAGUCGAGGAGACAGUCGAUGCUGUUCGACCAGCCGGUCAGCCUGGCCCAUCUGCGCCUGCUCGGUCUGGCACCGCCGAGCGACGGCGCCACGCCCUCUUCGCCCUCCUCAAGCAGCACCGAUCGCACCUCUCUCGCCUCUCUUCCCCCCACGCCCCUCUCCUCGACCCCCUCUCACGCCGCCCUCGAGACGCUGGCAAGGCGCAAGGAGGCGGCCGACGAGGCGUUGGCGCGCGCGCUGAGAGAGGAAAACGAGAGGCUGAGGACGCAGAUGAAGGAGCGCGAACGCAGAUUGGCCAGCGCGCAGAAGGAGGUCGAGACGCUCAAGGAGAGAGUGAGGGACACGGAGGCGGCCGUCGAGGGGCUCUUUGCGGCUGUAUGAGGCGCCCUCGGAGAG